GUGAUUGUGACCCAAGCUGUGUCUGUGCCAGGCCCCUCCUUGGAGCUCUUAUUUGCACGGACACUGGGCCUUUUCAUUCAGCAGCCCAGGCUUUGCUCCCUGGGGGGGGGGGAGCAGCUCUCUCCACCUUCCCAGCAGAAAAGAGGAAAGCUGGCUGCAGAACCUUGCAUAGCAGCCGCCAGGAUCUGGCCCCUGGCUCGAUGGCCUUCCCUUGGUUGUAUCUGGUCUGCUCCUCUGAACCAAGCAGAACACGCCCCCCUCACUCACCCCCCAAGGUGCUUCUGUGGGAGCAGUGGCAAAGGUCAGGCAGGUGGCAGCUGGAGGCUCUUGUGGGGCAAGGACUGAGGGCUCCCUCAGGAGGGCAGGAGUGAUGUGUGGCAUCUGGAAAGCAUGUGCUGCCUUCUGUCACUUAUACCAUAAAGGAUAUUCUUAGUGUGUCUCGAGGAGAGGCGCCCUGGUCAAGUUUUCCUCUUUCCAUUCAGACCCAGACUCUCCAUCCUUUGCAUUUGCUGGUUUGCUCUUCCUCUGGCGAGGUGGCAUCUCCAAGGCCCUUGAAGGUUUCAUAAACAACAUGCCACGUUAGGAGAAUUGGUGCCUGAUACGACUUCUCUUGCCUGCUUGAUAUCAACUGUCUGGUAGGCUGGCAGAUUGAAAAACCAGGUGCUCCUUGGAUGCUUGGAUGAGAUGCGCUUCUGCAGUCCCUCCUCACCGGAAUCCUUCCAUGGGUAGCCUGGGGACCGCGGGGGUCCUGGAGAGUGAGGGUGAUGGAUAGCCCCCCCAAGCUGGCCGGCGAGACGCUGAUUGUCCACCACAUUCCCCUGGUGCACUGCCAGGUCCCCGACCGGCCGUGCUGCGGCACCACCAGCAAACGGGCCAACCCCUUUGGGCAGGCCGACUCGGGGGCCCUGCGAACCGGCUCCCUCCCAGAGCGGGACCUCUCACAGGCCGACUCCCUGCUCUACAGCACCUUGCUCCAGGCUCCAGAAGCAACCCUGGCCCCAGGGGAGACGCCCGAAGAGAAGGAGGCCCAGCGCAGGGACCUGCCUGCCCCCGGUGCCAACAAGCGACAGAACCCCUUCCUGCUGGGUGGCAGCGAGACCCAGGACCUCUGCGAGGAUGAGCUGGGCAAGGCCUCCUUCCACCUCCACGAGCUGGCCCUGCCACCCUUCCGCCUGCAUGAGCUGGCCCUGCCACCCUUCCGCCUGCACGACACCAGCCCCGUCGUGAAACCCUGGAGCGGCAGCCCCCGUGCGGACGUGGUGGAGGGGCAGGAGGAGGAGGAGGAGCUCUCCCGCGAAGAUGCCCGCAAGAGGAGCCGCCUGGCGCCUGAGCUGAUGGAGCUGGAUGAGUACGGCUGCCACCGCGCCGAACCCUCCAGCUUCUCCUUCGAGCAGGAGUGGGCCAGCGACGGUGAGGAGCUGGCGCACAGCCGGGACGCUCCCCGCAGCCGGACGUGCAGCUGCUCCAGCGCAGAGCUGCAGCGCUGCUGCUGCUACAGCCUCUCCAGCCAGUCAGAGGCCCCAGACCAGCCAAUGGGAUACGUCAGCGACUCCUCCUGCAACAGCUCCGACGGCGUCCUGGUCAAUUUCAGCGCCCUCUACAACAAGAUGAACGGGCACACGCACCCCAACCUCAACUCGGGGGCCCACUCCUGCGACGACUCCUCCUCCGGAAGCCACUCGGACUCGGGGGCCUUCUACCUGGACUUGCACUCCUCACCCAGCGAGCCAAAGGCCCCCGGUGAGCCGCACCAGGCCUGCGGGUGCCACCACGCCUCCUCCCCGGUCUUGGACGCCAACUGCAACUCCUACCCCGCCCUGUGUGAGCCCUGCGCCUCGGAGGCCUCCGACCUCACGGCCUGCUUCCAGAGCCAGGCCCGGCUGGUGGUGGCCACCCAAAACUACUACAAGCUGGUGACCUGCGACCUGUCCUCCCAGUCCUCGCCCAGCCCGGCCGGCUCGUCCAUCACCAGCUGCUCGGAGGAGCACCCGCGGGGCAGCCCCCUGCAGCCCACCGAGUACUACCUGUUCCAGAGGCCCGAUGCGGCUGACAGUGACACGGACUGCUCGCGGGCGGAGUCGCAGGGGGAGGCCGAGAAGGGCGCCAUCGAGGGGCAGGUGUACAUCAAUGUCUCGCCGCCCACCCUGGCCGGCCCACGGAGGCAGCGGUCCCGCAGCUAUGACCGCAGCCUGGACCGCAGCCCCACCGGGCGCUUGGGCUCCCUGGAGCGCAUGAUGAGCUGCCCGGUCAAGCUGAGCGACGGCCCUGCGCUGCCCUCCCAGGGCUCCCCGCCCAAGCGAGUCACGUCCUUUGCGGAGCUGGCCAAGGGCCGCAAGAAGACGGGCUCCUCUCCCCCGCUGCGCACCAGCAGGGACUCUUCCCUGGAGUUCUCCCCGAUCCCCGAGUACCAGAGGGACGGCCAGGCGGGGCACAGCCAGAGCCUCCCAUCCCACGCCCUCAACCGCAGCUGCGAAGGCUACUGUGGCGCCGAGAGGGGGCUGAGCACCCCCAGGAAGGGCAUGGGCUCCAGGGAGAUGCCUUCCUGCGGGCAGGAGGGGCCUGGGCAGCCCUUCUUCUCCGCUUUGAUGGAGCCGGGGUCUGCCAGCGGCCUUGGCCAGAAAGACAUUCGUGCCCGAGCUGAUGGCGGCGCAGCGGACAGCAAGUCGGUGGUGCGCUACAGCAAGGCCCAGCGCCCGACCACCCUGCCCAUCCAGCCCUUUGUGUUCCAGCACCACUUUGCCAAGCAGCCCAAGGCAGCGCGGGCCUUGCACAGCCACUUUGCCGCCAGCCUCUCCCAGCUCUACAGCCGCUCGGCCGCCAGCCAGACUCUCUCCUCCGCCUCCCAGUCCUCGGCCUCCGCCACCUCGGCUGAGAUGGUGGUCCAGGCCACGGCCCCGGGGCACGGCCAGCGCUCGGCGGACGGGGCGGCCUCCCGGGGGGACGGCUGUGCCAGGAAGCCCGUGCCAGAGACCACCCGCCCGUCCCCGCUGGGCAGCUACUCCCCCGUACGAAGCAACGUGCCUUUUUUCCAGAGUGCGGACUCCUCCUCUUCCUCCUCCUCCUCCUGCUCGCCGGGCAACGAGAACCAUCCGCCCCGGAGCAGGUCUUGCCCAGUCUCCGCCAACCUCCUGCCCACCGGGACUUCCCCUCCCUCAGGAAGCCAGGCUGCCAAGCUCAGCAGCAACGCCAACGGCGGCGCCCUGCUGGCCAAGAAGGAGAGCCCCCCACCCGCGCCCACAAAGGGUCCCGUGCUGCUGCCGGAAGUGGAUGCCCCUGCACCCGAGUGCCAGCUCCACCGCAGCACCGCCCUGCCUCCCCUGAUGCCCCCCGGGCUGAUCCUGGCCAGGCCAGGGGACCAUGGGGAGCCCCAGUGGCCCCUCGCCUGCAGCGAGGCUCUGGGCGCAGGAUCGCUGGGACCUCGGCCUCUCAAUGCCAACCACCUCUCUCCGCAAGCCCUCAAGUGGCGGGAGUACCGGCGGAAGAACCCCCUGGGCCUGGAGCGCAUUUCGGGGCUGGCCGGCAGCCUGGACUGGAAGCAGCCGGAGGGCAGGCUGCCCUGGAAGAACCCCAUCUUCGAGCUCCCCUUGAGCACGGGCCGCGCCAGCUGCAGACUCAACGGACAUUCCCUGAAGCAGCCGCAGCUCAACUACUCCGACUUCUUCCCGGACUAUUUCUCCUUGGCGGAAAAGCCCCCGGCCGAAUUCUGCCUCUCUCCGGACGGCAACACAGAGUCCAUCUCCAUUGAUCUGCUGCAGAAGAAGGGUCUCGUCAAGGCAAUCAACAUGGCUGUGGACUUGAUUGUGGCGCAUUUUGGGACCAGCAGGGAUCCUGGGGUCAAGGCCAAACUGGGGAACAGCUCCGUCAGCCCCAAUGUGGGGCACCUCAUCCUGAAGUACCUGUGCCCGGCCAUCCGGGACGUGCUGAGCGAUGGGCUCAAGGGCUACGUGCUGGACGUCAUCAUCGGCCAGAGGAGGAACAUCCCCUGGAGCGUGGUGGAGGCCUCCACCCAGCUGGGCCCCUCCACCAAGGUCCUGCACGGCCUCUGCAGCAAAGUCAGCCAAUACCCGGAGCUCACCAGCCACUCCAUGCGCUUCAACGCCUUCAUCCUUGGCCUCCUCAACAUCCGGUCCCUGGAGUUCUGGUUUAACCACCUCUACAACCACGAAGACAUUGUCCAAGUGCACUACCAGCCGGUGGGCUUCCUCUCGCUGUCGCACAGCGUGUGCCAGGGCCUCUUUGAAGAGCUGCUCCUCCUCCUCCAGCCCCUGUCGCUGCUCCCCUUCAGCCUGGACCUCCUCUUUGAGCACCACCUCCUGCAGAUGGGCAAGGAGCAGCAGCAGCAGAAGGAGAUGCUCCGCGUCCAGCAGGGCCUGGUCCUCUCGGCCCACUCCACCCUCCAGCUAAUGAGGAGCCGGGGGCCAGGAGCAGUCAUGGGGGCCGGAGCCACCGGCAGCAGCAGCAGCAGCCUGGAGAGGAGCGUCGGCAGCUGGGGCGUGACGGAGCAGGACCGCGGCCGGGAGAGCCAUGGGGGACCCCCGGCAAAGGCAGCAGAAGAAAGAGUCAAAGGCGUGGGGGCCCCAUCGGUGCGCCCAGAGAGGGAAGCAGAGUCUGGGCGCUGGAAGGAGCCCCCGGAGCCCAAGAAAGACAAGCAGGCCAGCUGGUGGUACCAGCUAAUGCAGAGCUCCCAGGUCUACAUCGAAGGGUCGGCGGAAGGGGCUCGCUUUGCCCGCUAUGAGCGCAGGAAGAAGGGUGGGGCGGGGGUGACACCCCGGCCGGUCGAGCCCAAGAAGGGGCCUCCUCUGCGAGAGGGGGUGGUGGAAGGGGCCGAGGCCUGCCCCAUCGCAGAGGUGCCCCUCCCAGACAGAGCCCCGGCGGACGUGGCGGCGGCAGGGACUGAGCCUCGGUGGAAGGCGGAGACCCCCUCCGCCCGGGAGGCAGCGAAGGAGAAGACCCUCCGGCCGUUCUGGAUGGGCAGCCCCCCGGACUCGGUGCUGACUGAGCUGAAGCAGUCCAGUGAGAAGGAGGCGGUGCCAGCCCCAAAGCAGGGGGGUCCCCAGGAGGACCAUGGCACCCCCAAGUGGGGGCACCUCUUUGGUUCCCGAAAGGCGCCCAAGGAGCCCAAGCAGGCCAACAGGCUGCCCUCUGGCUGGCUGAGCCUGGACCGCUCCGUGCUGCAGCUGAUGGCACAGACAGUGGGGGCCACGGUGUGGAGAGAGGCUUCCUCGGAGCCUGAGCGGCUGGCGCUAGACCCUCCGCCCGCACAUCCCAAGCAGCCACUGCCGGACAGGAGAGGCUCCCCUGAGACACCCUGCAGCAGCGAGGUCAAGGCCCUCUGCCACCACAUUGCCACGGAGGCUGGGCAGCUGAGCUUCAAGAAGGGCGACGUCCUGCGUGUGGUGGGCAAGGUGGACGCUGACUGGCUGCGCUGCCGGCGAGGAGCAGAGAGCGGCCUGGUGCCCAUCAUGUACGUCACCCACAUGGAGGACGAGGACUACUGAUGGGGGCCGGGGGCGGCCGGGGAAGCCCAGAGAAGCACAGACCCACGGAGCCCGGCUGUGCCCCCCCCCCCCAGCAAGACAGUGUCGGGUGCAGAGGCGCCUCCUCCUCCUCCUGAUCCCGUCUCCUGAUCUCCUCGCUGUGACGGAAACUCAGAAAUCACCGCUGCUCUCCGCCUUUGCCCCCCCCUCCUGCUUGGGGGCUGCCCCAUCUCUCUUGCCAGGGGUCUCCUGUUGCCAAGUGUCAUUGCUGUGCAUGCUCCUCUCUUCUCUCACCCCCUUCCUCCCCCACCAAGGAACUCUCGUCCUGCCAUUCGCCUGCUUCGACUCCAGGGCUCGUCUGGCGUAGACCUUCGGCCCCCAGGACUGCCGCUUAAGUGUUGCAGGGGGUGGGCUGGAUGGCCCUUGGGGUCCCCUUCCUAGAUAGGGCAGCGCAGCCUGUGCCCAACCGACCCCCAGCAUGCAUUGCUGUGUCUCCAUCUUCGGGGGGGGGGGCUCUCCUGCAAGCUGCUCCCGGUGGCCGCAGGUGGAAUUGCAGGCGACCCUGCCCUAGACCCCCCCCCCUCCCCUCUCUAGAACUGUGUGCUAACAUAUAUUAACACCCCAUUGCGUCUAGUGGCCCCCGCCACACCGCAGGGGCAGCCGGUGGGAACCAACCUGUGCCCCGGGGAGGGGGCAUCUAGCUUCAGAGGGAGGGUGGGAGGGAGGGGGAGGGGGUUCCCCCCCCCAAGGGAAAGUAUUCCUGUCUGUGUGUCUGUGUAGUGGUUUGGUAGGGGUCCACGGCCGUUCUGUGUUAGAAGUAGGCUCGACGGUGGGCAAUGCCCACAAAGGGGGAUCAAGGUUGGGGGGCAGAGGGCAGCCCUUCCAGCCACAAGGGCCUGCCCCCCCCACAGGGUCCAGGGUCCUGACCCAGCAGCAGAAGGCCACUGCUGGGGUCCCCAGAGGACAUCAAGGUGAAAGUCCAAGACAGUUGGUGAAACUCUCUGCCUGCGUCUGUAACAGGGGGGGGCGGGAGAAGGGUUUUCUCUGGGGUUAGGAACUCCCCGCCAUUCUCCCUAUCCGUUGGGGGACGGGGCGGGAUGGGGGUCCUGGUCUCCCGUGUGUCAUUCCCCCCCCCCCCCGCCCACGUAGCCGGAGGGCAGUGUUAUUGCCAAGACCAGCUAGUUGGUCAGUCAGUAUUGAGGGGCUGGGCUGGGGGGGGGGGUCCCCCGCCUUGCCCUCCCUCCAAGGGGUGGCUGCUGUUGCAAAGUCAGAGGCUCCUGCGGAAAAGGCGCCAUGUUUAAUUUGUACUUCCGGCGUUAGAACAGGGUGUCUCGCCUUUAUUUAUUUCUUUAUUUAUGACGCAUAUUAAUAAAAAAAGGUGCUGAUUAAAGAGCUCCUCUCCGCUGCAGAGAUGGUUGAGUCCACACCCCCACUUCCUGCCCAGGGACCUCAGGAUUAGGACCCCCAGCCCCCCCUCCCCACCCCGAUGGAUGCUGAAGCCAGGAGUGGAGGAAAUCUGUGGGGUGGCUCCUCCACCUUGCAUAGCCUGCAGGGAAGUUCUGGAUUUUGCCGGCCUUGACGCAACUCCUUGAGGUGGUAGAAUAAAAGAUUAAUUGGAGAUCUAUUGGAGGAUAGAGAAAAAGAAGGUUGAAGAAAAAGGCAGGAACAAAGUGGGCUGGGGUGGUGGGUGCAGCUGCCCUUUGCCCAGCACCCAAGUGAUGCCCUUGGCAUAGAAUCGUAGAGUUGGAGGGAAUAUCAAAGGUCCUCUAGCCCAACCCCCUGCAAGGCAGGAAUCUCAACUCAAGCAUCCAUGAUGACGCAACCUCUGCUUAAAAACCUCCAAGGAAGGAGAGUCCCCCACCUUCCGAAAGAGACUCUUCCACUGUCAAACAGAAAGUAAGAGGGGGAAAGGAAGUCUUCCUCCCUUUUGGGGGGCAAAACCAACGCUUCUUGCCCCCGUCCCGAAUUGUGGAAGAAGCAACUCUUGACAAGUGCUUAAAAAGCAGACUUCUAUAAUAGUAACAACAACAACAACAACAACAAAUAAAUAAAUAAAUUUUUAUUUAUACCC